AUGUCUUCUUCGUUAACAUUUAUUGGAAAAAUGAUCACUAUCUAUACCGGAAUACCACUCUUUAUUGCUGGUGUAAUAGGAGAAUUUCUCAAUAUUAUUGUAUUUUUAAGUCUUCAAACAUUUCGACAGAGUUCAUGUGCAUUUUAUCUAACCAUCAUAUCCGUUAUGAAUAUUGGUCAAUUAUCUACGGGACUUCUCGCAGUGAUUACCAACGCUUUAUUUGGUGUCGAUGGAACUCAAGCUUCACUAUUCUAUUGCAAAUUUCGACCAUAUUGUUUUCAAACUUGUGCAUUAAGUUCAUUAGGAGGCUUCUGUUUAGCCACAUUUGACCAGUAUUGUGCCACUUGUGCGCAUCCUCGUUGGCAACAAUGGUGCAGUAUCAAACGAGCUAAACGUCUCGUUAUCAUCAAUAUAAUCAUUUGGGCUUUGCAUGGAAUUCCAUAUUUAAUCUUCUUUGAGCAGAUUCUAUCAUCGACCACAGGACAAGUUAGUUGCACUAGUAAAAAUCCUACUUUUGCUUAUUAUCGUUCCUAUGUUAUCAUUUUCAUACUCUUCGGCAUUUUGCCUAUGAGUAUUUCAGCUGUAUUUGGACUACUGGCAUAUCGAAAUGUGCAAGAACUUAGUUAUCGCACACUACCAAUCGUUCGACGUGAACUAGAUAAACAAAUAACAACAAUGGUUUUAAUUCAAUUAGUUGUAAAUGUUUUCACUCUAUUACCAAAUACUAUUGUCAGUACACUUUUAACAAGUCCAAAUAUUCCUAGUAAUGCAUUUAAUCAAUCAUACAUACAGUUUGCCUAUACUAUAGCUGUUCUUCUCAAUUAUUCUUAUUUUGCGAGUUCAUUCUAUAUAUACAUCUGUGCAUCUGAAAGAUUUCGUAAACAAGUGGCUUAUGUAUUGAUCAAAGUUCACUUAGAACGAUGGAGAAAACCACAAUUAGUGAACAAUCAAGUUCGACCAGAGUCCUAA